GUAACUAUAAUUUAUUUAUAUCUAGAAGUAAGCAUAAUUUUAUUUCAUGGAUAAAAGAAAAGUUGAGACAAAAUUCGCUUCUGAGCAAUUUCAAACUUCCGCUUCUGAUCCUGCUUUUGCAAAUCAACGCUUUAGUUUUCGCCUCGUCUCAUAUUUGAAGGAUUCUUCAAAUCUUUUCACGAAACAAAAACAUUGAAGAUCAAAACAUUCAACAUUCACACUUUACUUGUUGCUUUGUAGCUACAAACACAUUCAUCAUUCAAAUGCGUUUAGUUCUCCAAUAAGGAAACAUUUUUAAUUGGUAAUAAGUAAUAAAUUCAAGAACAUGGCAUCUACAGAGUUUGAAAAUGUUUUGAAGAAGACAAUAACUCCUGAAAAAUGUCGAGAAUCGUUAAUUGGAAGCGAAUAUUUAUCGGAUGUAAAAUUUACUUUGGGCGAUAGUAUGGAUGAGUUGAGAGCUCAUAAAUUCUUUCUCAUGACGAGUUCCCCAGUUUUUCAUAAAUUGUUUACCACUCACAAGUUAGAAGACGGAACGAUCAUGGAUCUAAAAAUUUCUGAAAUAUCAAAGCUCACAAUGAUUGAAAUCUGUCGCUACGCUUAUACAGGAAAUCCACUUCUCAACCGAAAUAACAUGAUUGACAUUCUUCAGGCAGCUACGAAACUUGAAAUGAAAUUUUUAAUCGAAAAAACGAUCGACUUCAUGUGCAAAGAAAUUGAUCCUGAUCAUGUUUUCAAAGUUUUAAAUGCAAACAAAGGAAAUAACAUGAGAAUAAACAUGAAAUGCUUUGAUUACAUCGAGAAGAAUCAUAAAGCAUGCUUUCAAAGCAGCGACUUUUUACAUAUUUCAAGUGAGUUACUUCAUACCAUCAUGCAAACUUGUAAGAUUCCAAAAGCAGUUGCUAGUAAUGCAUUAACCAAAUGGUCCUCAUUCCUCGAUAACCAUGAUGAGGAUCUUGAAGAAUUGAUAGCUUUAAUGUCGUUGAAAGAAGAUGUUCCUGAUAAAAGCGACGUUAAAGCAGAAGAAUCUGACACUGAAUCGGUGAGCAGUCGAACAAGCUCACGUGCCGGACAAAAAUCACGAGUUCGCAACCGACAACAGAACAACAAUGGAAAAGCUAAUCCUGCUAAGAAAGCUGUAAACCAAGCUUCUCUAGCAGAGAAAGUUAAUCUCCAACAAAAGAAGUUGACUGAAAAUUCUGCUUUUAGAAAUUUAUCAUUUAUUUGCGAUAAAAUUGAGCGCAAGAAAUUCAAGUUUGCUAACUUAGACUUAGUUGUUGUUUCUAAGCCAAUCUUUAUAACUGAAAUCCAUUUCAUUUAUGAUUUAAACAACACUGAUGGAGAAUUUUUAUUCCAAAUCAAAGACAUGACAAACAACCCGAUGGACUUAUUUUAUGAUCGUGUUCGUAUCGAUAAAAAUGAAUUCAAUCGUUAUGUCUUACCAAGACCGUGUCGAAUUGAUGGGGAGAAGAAAAUUUGGAUAAGUAUUGAAUUUCCACAUGCAGAGUUUCGUAUGACCUUAGGCCACUUGGCAAUUCGCAAAGGAUCAAAUACUGAAUUUUUGGGGUUGCGUCGAAGAAGUCAAUCAGCAUCAGGAAACGUCAUAUCCACUGUUGUCUUCAAAGAAUAUUAAACUGUUUCACAUCAACUGAGUUUAUAAAUUCUUUAUUUCGAGUGAAUGUAAGAAAACAUGAAACAGCAUUAAAUGAUCAAAUUAUUCAAAUAUUUUAUAACAUGGUCAUGUGAGAAUUAAUAAAAAUAAAGAUUUAAUUACAUAA